GCCAGGUUUUGACUGCAUUUACCUACGCACACACCGAAGCACUCAAACCCCCCAGCCCUUGGAAACCGCUCUCCAAAUACGAAUAACAUCAAUCGCUAUCUGUCCCUCAUCUAUAAAGCCCAAAAUGGGGAAAGGUUGGAUCGACAAGAAGAAUGCACAGCAUUUUACCCUCGUCCACCGACCGCAAAAUGACCCGCGAAUCCACGACGAAACAGCGCCAUCGAUGGUGCUUAAUCCGAUAUCACAACGAAGUUCUUCAUCAAAAGCCAAGCGGUUGGACGACCUCGCAUCGGAACUAGGAUCAGAAGCGGCGAGCAUACGGGAGAAUGAAGGCGAGGCCGCCGAGUAUGGCGUCUACUACGACGAUACCGAGUAUGAUUACAUGCAACAUCUUCGCGACUUGAAUGCCGGCGGUGGCGAGGCUGUCUGGCUAGAGGCCGAAUCGACUUCGAACAAGGGCAAGGGCAAGCAGACGCAAUCGCUUGACGAUGCGCUUCGUGAAAUGAACUUGAGAGACGAUUCCAGGUCUCUCUUUGACGAUGAGGUCCUGCCGUCGAGAAACUUGCCCAAGCUCAACUACCAGUCCCAGCAAGAUGUGCCCGACGACAUUGCUGGGUUCCAGCCGGAUAUGGAUCCCCGGCUAAGGGAGGUGCUGGAAGCACUCGAGGACGAUGCAUACGUCGACGACGAUGAAGAUAUCUUCAAGCAGUUGGCCAAGGACAACAAGGAGAUUCCACGAAGCGCUUUCGAAGACCAGUUCGACGACGAGGAUGACGAGGGCUGGGAGUCAGACGGCACGGCUAAGCCGACAAGGGAAUAUAACGACGAUGACGCGCCUCAGCUUGUCGGAGUGGAGGGCGAACCUACCGAGGAACGCCAGAACGAAAACUGGAUGGAAGACUUCAAGCAAUUUAAGAAAGAUCAGAAGAACAGCGGCAAACCCCGGGGUGCCGUCGAUCCAUCCGAAGUCCAAUCGUCCCUGUGGACCACAACGACGAUGGGAGGGCGACGCAAGAAACGCAAGGGGGCGUUGACGAAUCCCUCGACGUACUCGAUGACGUCGUCUUCCAUGAUUAGAACAGAACAGCUCUCAUUCCUGGAUGCGAGGUUCGACAAGAUCGACGAGGAGUACGCGGGUGAGAUGGGAGCCGACGAGACGGGCUCUGUUUCUGCCGUGUCGGCCAUGUCGAGUGCCCAAGGCACAACAAGGGCUGAUUUUGAUGAUAUCCUCGAUGAUUUCCUGGGCAACUAUACAAGGCCCGGAAAGCGGACGUCAAAGAAGACCAGACCACAGACCGGUAUCGAGCAGUUGGACGAGAUCAGGAAGGGGUUGGGACCAGCGAGGCUCCGGACGAAGGGAAAGGCCUAGUUUAGCAGCUUGCCGUUUUCUUCGGAUAUGCUCGACUAAUGAUUUAAUGAUACCCUCUACAACAAGCUGUCUGAUUUUCUUAUUUUCGAGGCGUAAUAGACCCUAAACGUCUUCUUUUCCACUUCGGACACGAUAACAUAUAAGGUGGCUGUCUCCGAGGCAUAUAGAAAAGCAGGUAUCAAAGCAAGAUACUGUUCCUGGCUUGGGCCAUUCGGGCAUUCUUCUAAUUACUUGAGGGGAAGGAUUCUUAUAGUCAGCCUUAAAAACAAGAACAAUAGCAGCAAAAGACGAGGAUGAACAUGAAAAUAGGGGGUACAAACUGUCUUGUUCCACAGGCGUUUACUCUGUAAACCGUCAAU